AUGCGCACGCCGUAGGCGACCCUGUUGGGCGGUCGUAAGGGGAGUUCAAGGAGACCGGGGCGGCGCGGCUGUGGUCGCCCUCUCCGAGUCGGGGCUGCAGCCAUCAUGCCGGGGAUAGUGGAGCUGCCCACUGUGGAGGAUCUGAAAGUGCAGGAGGUGAAAGUCAGUUCUUCUGUGCUUAAAGCGGCAGCUCACCACUAUGGCGCUCAGUGUGACAAGCCCAACAAGGAGUUCAUGCUCUGCCGCUGGGAAGAAAAAGAUCCACGACGGUGUUUAGAGGAGGGCAAGCUUGUCAACAAGUGUGCUCUGGAUUUCUUCAGGCAGAUAAAGCUUCACUGUGCGGAGCCUUUUACAGAAUAUUGGACCUGCAUUGAUUACUCUGGCUUGCAAUUAUUUCGUCACUGUCGCAAACAGCAGGCAAAGUUUGAUGAGUGUGUGCUGGACAAACUGGGAUGGGUGCGGCCUGAUCUAGGAGAGCUUUCAAAGGUCACCAAAGUGAAAACAGAUAGACCUUUACCCGAGAAUCCCUAUCACUCAAACCCAAGACCAGAGCCCAACCCUCCAAUAGAAGGAGACCUGAAGCCUGCCAAACAUGGUAGUCGCGAGUAUUUCUGGACCAUGUAGAGAUGGGUCCAUCACCCAUAUGCUGUCACGCGCCCAGAUGACAUGUGCAGUUUGCAUCCACUGAUAGAGCAUUCUUUCCGGGAUCACAAACGUUAACAAAAAAGUUAAUUUAUGUGACUUGGCAGUUAUUCUAUACCAUUUCCUGACCAUUAAAAAAUUUAAAGGAAA